AUGGGCUGGUCCGUGGCUUGGCAUCUACGCCAGGCAUUACCAGCUGCCGCCCGCAUCACCGUUGUUGCACCUGAGGAAUGGAAUCAGUACAAGAGCACCGUCUUAAGCGCUGGAGGCCUGCGACAGCAGUUCUCCAUACCCGCCAACGUUGAGUUUUCCCUCUUUGGCCUCGACUUUUUCCGCAACUUUGCCAAUCUGGAUCGCCAGCAACGCGCCCGUACGACGCUCCAACCGGACCACGCCUUGCAGGAUCUCCUUCACAUCAAGAUGCGCGAGAAUGGCUACACCUUUCUAGCUUCUACCCCCGAGUCAGCUCAGACUCUCGCAGAACUGGUGGAGAUGCAAUGUCGUCUGGGUGCGGCGACCCAACUCGCCACCCCCACCCAGCUUCGGGCGCGUUACCCCUGGCUUUGCGUGGAUGACAUCGAAGCCGGCACGAUGAGCUACUCGGGCGAAGGCUUCAUCGAUCCUUGGGAGUACCUGGCCAACCUGCGGGCCCUCUGUCUCCAAACCGGUGGCAUCGACCAGAGGCAAGGGCGCGUUGAUCGUCUUGAGCUGGAUGCUCGCAGAACUAGCGUGGCCGGUGCCUGGAUCAGCAGCCCGACGGUCGAUGCCGACCCCGCGUACGAACCCGUGGACCUCUUCAUCAACUGUGCUGGGUGCUUUAGCAACGACGUUUUCAAAGGUACCCACCUGAGCGUACCGGUGCGAGCCCGUAAGCGCUACGUCUUUGCCAUUCGCAGCAGUGCUCAAAACGCACCUGGAAUAAACAGCCCUUUGUUGGUUGACCCAAGUGGCGUUUACUUUCGUCCCGAGCUGGCCCCGAACACCUACAUUACAGGCGUCUCCCCCAAGGCAGACGCCGAUCCAGAUUAUAGCGAUUUUAGUACAUUGGCAGAACUAGAAGAUAGCCUCUUUCACGAUCAAAUUUGGCCCGCCCUCUACAACCGUGUACCUGAUGCCUUUGAUGCCCUUCGCGUCAUCUCAUCAUGGGCCGGGUUCUACGACUACAACACAUUUGACCAAAAUGCCCUCAUCGGCUUGAUGCCAGGCAUGGACAACCUCUACGUUUGCACCGGCUUUUCGGGACAUGGGCUUCAGCAUUCACCGGCCGCGGGCUACGUUAUCUCGCAGCUCGUCACUGGCCAAGGACAUAAGCUGGGCAGUGAGGCAUUUGCAGUGGAGCGCGUCGCCGCUAAUGCCCCGAUUCUUGAGGCGGGCAUUGUUUAGAUGUGUUUCUUUGACGUAGUAAAGAGACGUGUCGUUCGUUGGUCCGUUUGAAUUGAAUCUGAGGCGC